AUGGAUGUAGGAGAAGGUGCCGUGCAGGAAAUUGAGCCACAGAAGAAGGAGAAAGAACCUACAGAAGAUGAGAAGAGGAGGCAGAAAAUAGCGCCUGGAACUUUGAUGAAGGCAGUGGUGAGGCCUGGUGGAGGUGAUGCAACACCUUCAGAUAAUUACCAGGUCGUAUAUCAUUAUACUGUUAGAACAUUGGAUGGAGUUGUUGUUGAAUCUUCCAGAUCUGAAUAUGGAGGCAAGGGUAUCCCAAUAAGACAUGUUUUGGGCAAGAGCAAGAUGAUAGUGGGAUUGCUAGAAGGAAUUCCAACAAUGUUGAAGGGUGAAAUUGCAAUGUUCAAAAUGAAACCUCAAGUGCACUAUGGUGAGGAUGACUGCCCAGUUGUAGCUCCCAGUAGCUUUCCAAAGGAUGAUGAACUUCAUUUUGAAAUUGAGAUGAUAGAUUUCUUUAAAGCCAAGGCAAGACUUUCAAAACAGAAAUCCUCAUUUUUAAAUCAUAAUAUCUUUGGCACGGUGGAAAUUCCCCUAGUACAGUUGCUUGGAUGGUCAUUAGUGAUGACUGGGAGUUGUAAAGAAGGUUCCCCAUUUAAACGGCAGGUAAUAACUGAAGGUCAGGGUUGGGAAUGUCCAAGGGAACCUUAUGAAGUCAAAGCCUGGAUAUGUGCAAAGACAGGUGACGGAAAAGUGAUUGUUACCCGUACUCAAGGAGAGCCAUUUUUCUUUAAUUUUGGAAAGUCGGAGGUACCUAAAGGUCUUGAGAUGGGAAUUGGUACAAUGACACGUGAAGAGAAGGCAGUAAUAUAUGUCACCAGUCAGUACAUAACUACAUCUCCUUUUCUGCCUGCGGUAGAAGGUCUUGAAGAAGUUCAUUUUGAAGUGGAGCUUGUCCACUUUAUUCAGGUGCGUGACAUGCUUGGGGAUGGGCGUCUGAUUAAACGGCGUAUUCGUGAUGGAAAAGGUGAGUUUCCUAUGGAUUGCCCUCUUCAAGACAGCCUACUACGCGUCCAUUACAAGGGCAUGCUUCAAAAUGAAGAAAAGACAAUCUUCUUUGAUACAAGAGUUGAUAACCAUGGUCAGCCUUUGGAGUUCUGUUCUGGAGAAGGCCUUGUGCCUGAGGGAUUUGAAAUGUGUGUUCGUUUGAUGGUGCCUGAAGAGAUAGCUCUCGUCACAUGUCCUCCUGAUUAUGCAUACGACAAGUUCCCUAGGCCAGCUAAUGUUCCUGAAGGUGCUCAUGUUCAAUGGGAAAUCGAGCUUCUUGGUUUUGAGAUGCCAAAGGAUUGGACUGGUUUGAACUUUCAAACAAUAAUGGAAGAAGCAGAGAAAUUAGAAACACGGCUAUUCAAAGAAAGAAAGUUUGAACUUGCUAAGGCAAAGUAUGACAAGGUGCUACGGGAAUUUAAUCAUGUUAAUCCACAAGAUGAUGAAGAAGGGAAAAUAUUUUCAAAUACAAGGAAUUUGUUACAUCUGAAUGUGGCUGCAUGCUACCUGAAGAUGGGAGAGUGCAGAAAAUCCAUAGAGACAUGCAACAAGGUUUUAGAAGCAAACCCUGGACAUGUCAAGGCUCUCUACCGGCGAGGAAUGGCCUACAUGACAGUUGGAGAUUUCGAGGAAGCAAAGAGUGACUUCAACACGAUGAUUAAACUUGACAAGUCAACUGAACCUGAUGCAACAGCUGCUCUGAUAAAAGUAAAGCAGAAGGAACAGGAAGUGGAGAAGAAGGUGCGGAAACAAUUUAAAGGACUAUUUGACAAGAAGCCAGGGGAAAUUGCAGAGGCUGGAACUGAAGAUGUAGACGAGACUGCAGGUGAAAUCCACAAGAAUGAUGAUAAGGAAGAUUCUGACGGUGAUCAUUCAGACGAAUCUCAUGAAACCGCAGAUGACGCACCUAGAACUUCUUGGCUUUCUCGCCUCUGGCCUAGACGACUACUCGCAGCCCUCGGGCGGCCAGGAUGCACCAUUUUGUAG